GCCGUCACUAAUAUUUUGAAGUUUAUAAACUAUCACACGUGUUUGAGAACGUGAAGUGCUGUUAAAUUUGAUAUCCUCGCAUAUUUUAAAUAAAAACCUUAAAAAAAUGGGCAAAAUCAAGACUGAACCUUUGGAUGAUACCACCAGCGAAGUUUUAAAUGUAACCAAUGUCAGUGUGAAAGAGGAAGACACCUACGAUGACAAAUUGAAGUACGUGAAUGCCAUCUCCCAGCCAAUGGCCUCCAAGAAAAUAGCCAAGAAGUGCUAUAAACUUAUCAAAAAGGCAAUGAAACACAAAACCUAUUUGAGAAAUGGUCUCAAAGAUGUUCAGACACGUUUGCGUAAAGGCGAAACUGGCUUGGUUAUAUUCGCUGGAGACGUGACACCAAUCGAUAUCAUGUGCCACUUACCUGCUGUAUGCGAAGAAAAGGGUAUCCCUUAUGUCUAUACACCAAGCCGUGCCGAUUUGGGUGCCGCCAUGGGUGUCAGACGAGGUACAGUAGCCCUUCUGGUCCGGGAAAAUGAAGACUACAAAGAUUUGUAUGAUGAAGUAAAACAAGAUAUUUCCACACUGUAUGUUCCAUUGUAGACUGAAUAUACAUCCACACAGUAGUUUCUUUAGUUUGUUAAGCAAUAUGUUAAGAGAUUUUUAUAAGAACUAUAUAAAAAAUCAACUUUUAGAAAUAUAACAAAAUCAAAA